AACCCCCCUUUUCCCUCCUCUAAACACACACACUCUGUCCCUCUCUUGAGCUUUCUUUUGCAGCGUCUCACAGAGUUGUGUGUGCUGCUGCUGGUUCGACGCCUCUCUCCGUUCUGCCGGGGUGUGAGUAGUAGACUGAACCUAUUAGACCGACUCCAGCUGUGUGGAGGAGCCCCGCACUUUUGUUCCAUUCACUUCCAUUCAGACGACUGAAGACAUCAUGAAGUUUGAGCUGCUGCUGCUGUUUGCCCUGGUUGGGCCUUUCUGUGCCAUCACACACGCAAGUACUCUGGUGGUGCCCACAGCAGAGGACCUGGCCAGUGUGACAGAAACUGCUGCAAAAGCUAUUGAUGCUACAGAGCCACCAAAGGAGCAGGACACAACAGUAGCUCCAGAGGAAGUUAUCACUGAAGUAUCUGUACUACCUGUUACUGAAGCUGCUGUGGUAGAAACAGAAGCACCAGUAACUGAUACAGAAGCUCCAGUCGUAUCCACAGCGGUAGCUGCAGAGCCAGAGGGACCUGCUGUCACAGAAGCUGCACCUGUGCCUAAUGAGACAACAAGUGUGGCAGAAACAGUGGCAGCUGAAAAGACAGAGGCAGCUGUAAAGACAGAGGCAGCUGAAGAGACAGAGGCAGCUGAAGAGACAGAGGCAAAAGUAGAGGAAAACGCAACUCCAGAGGCCGAAGCAGAGUUUGGGCAAGAGACUGAAACACAGGCAGAUGUGGAAGUGGAAGAUUCAGGCUUGAGUACAGGCCAUGUGGUGGGCAUUGUGAUUGGUGCCCUGAUAGCUGUGGUCAUCAUCAUCGCAGUGAUAGUUGUGGUGGUCAGGAGGAUGGGCCAAUACUCCCCCUGAAAAGGAAGGCAGCUAGACAGGAAGAGAAGAAGAAAAAGUUCUGGAAAUUCUGAACUACUGAACAGACGUCAUUUCCUGUCAUUAAACAAAAAGCAAGCUAGGAGCACUCUUAACCAUCCAGGACUAUGGGGACGGUGUACUCACGCUCCUCCCCCUCAACCAUAGAGCCAUUGAUACGGAUGCUCUGCCCAACCCCCAUCACCCCCCCCACCUACCCAUGUGUACCCCCCUUCACUGCCAAAGAUUGAGACAGGAAGUCAAACCGACCCUCUGUGUUCUUAGGCACAGUAAUGUAAAGGAAAAGAGAGAAGAGGAAUGUGAAUGUGCAAACACACCUCACAGAGUCAGGGUCUGGAAAGAGGACCUAACGAACCACAUUAAUGAACACACAAAUACCAGCAACCUUAAUAUCUGAUGAAAUAUCUCUUAAAAACUGAGGAGAAUUGUAGGCAAGAAAUACAUACAUUUCUGUAUUUAUACUAAAAGAUGGAAAUCAUAAAGAGUAAAAGUCUCAAAUGUCGCUGUCAUAUCAAAACCUUGUACCAUCCUUUUUUUUUUAGGUUUUUAAUUUUUCCGAUAUGCAAAGGAAAUAUAUGUUUUUCAAAAGAUGUGUCAGGUUUGCAAUAAAUUUUCAUACAUGUUUGACUUAUACGUCAAUAUUUAAAAUGGACACCAUUACAUGAAUUACAUCUACAUAGGUGCAUGUAUUUCAAUUUAUUGACAUAUGUGCACAUAUUGUCAUAUAUUUAAAUAUUAAAAAAUGGCACAGGUAAACAUAUUUGGAACAUAUAUUUUAACACAUCACAUAUAUUGUACAUAUAUUGCACAAAUAUUUUUAAUAUGAGUAAAUAUAUGUGCAUAUAUUUUUCUUCCAUGUAGGUAUUAUUUUUUACACCAUUUGAAAACACCAGCUCCCCUUUACAUUGUGUGAACAUUUCAUAAUAAUGGACCAACAGAAAAGGUUCAAACUAAAAUAAUAGCUUGUUACAUUGAUGUACAUUCAGGUUAAGAACAUGUUGCCAUUCUUGAGAUCUGAGUUUUUGUUACAACAGUGACAAAACAUAAUCUUCAUCUGCCAUGAUCUUCAUUUUUUUAUAGCAUUCUGCAUAUCAUUAGCAUGCAUGCACGCACAUAGACGCUCUAUGCACAUUCUUUUCCAUUCACCAUGACAGGUCAACUGAAAUGUCCGGCAGUAGCAUGACGCAUUAAAGACAGCUCAUUACCAGAUUCUAAACAUGAGACUGUACGCUGUUAUAAGCUGUCACAAGCAGACUCUGUUAGGACGUCUUACGCCUGGUCUUAGUGUGGCUUUGACUGUUGAAUAAAGUUUGUUUCGUAUGUAGGUGUAACUUGACAUUCUAGUAGCUUUAACCGUGGCAUUUAAAGCCUUAAUCCGGAUCUGUGAACCUUAGCAGAGGGGCUAGCACCACUGACUCUGGGACGCCCGGAUAUUUCCUAUAAAUGGCUUCUUUAAUGUGAGAUUGAAUUGACUGUGUGGUUAACAGCCUCCCUUACCAAUAGUAAAUCUCAUCUCAUUGUGUGUUUCCCAAAUUUGGAUUAUAUUUAAAGACUUAAAAAGCUUGUAGACACCAUCUCUCUCUGCCGUCUACAAUAUGUGGUCUGGCCAUCAGAUUUGUGUACUGACCUCUGGUUCACUGGACUAGAAGUGGUUCUUUUUGCUGCAUUUUUUUAAGGGGUGUGUGAGUUAUGCUGUGCUUGCUUUAAGAGAUCAAUAAUACAUGCACUGACUGAUAAACAAUGUUUAAUAUAAAAAGCCUUUAGACACUGCAACCAACUGCAACGAUGCUUGAUUUGACUUUUUUAUGCUUCAUAGUCCACAUGCCAAGUCUUUUACUGUCUGCUUUCAACAAAAGGCAUUUUAUUUAAUUGCAGUGUUUUUCUCCCUUUUUGGAUGUUCAUACUGUUUAAAUAAAAAAGU